AUGUCCGACGAAUACGUGGACUUGCCCGUCUCGGACGAGGAUGACGAGGAGUUCAUGGAUGAUAGUGAGGAGGAGGGUGGUGGUGGAAGCUUGAAGAAAAAGGCCAAGCAGCACGUGGAGCAGCUCAAGCGGCUGCAGCAAAAAGCUAGUAGGUAUUUCAGAGAUCCUGAGUUCUAUAAAUAUUUAGAACAGUUUGAUAAAGAUUUGUUGGGAUUUGAUGAUGAUGAUGAUGAUGAAAUCGAGGAUGACCAGGAAACUGGGGUUGAUGGCGAGGAGGAAUCUGUAUCUAAAGAGGAACUGAAGCAUGUGAAACCUAUUACAAUGGAAAUGGUUGAUUCCUGGUGCGAUGGAGUAGAGAAUGAGAAGAUAGGUUCUAUCCGUUCUAUUAUUCAAGCUUUUCGCAGAGCCUGCCAUUAUGGUGAAGAUCAUGGGGACAAUUCAACUCCGAAGUUCAGCGUCAUGUCUGGUAGCGUACUUGAUAAAGUUAUGCACUUUGUUUUGAAACACAUGGAUAGUGUCCUCCGUCAGUUACUUGGUGCCCCAAGCUUUGGAGGGAAGAAAGAGGCAAUCAGUGAGCUGAUGCUGAUGCUGAUGCUGAGUAAGCCAUGGAAGAGACAUGGUAAUCUUAUGAGGAUCUAUCUUGCCAAUGCGCUUCAUAUGAUAACAGAGAUGACCGAUGAGCAAAUGAUAGCAUUUACUAUACACCGUGUCAGAGCAUCAGCUGUUUUUCUGGCAGCUUUCCCAUCGCUCCUGAGGAAGUAUGUUAAGGCUCUGCUCCAUAUCUGGGCUAGAGGACGAGGUGCAAUGCCUCUUGUUUCUUUUAUGUUCCUUCGAGACUUGUGCAUUCAAGGUAUCUAUAAGGCUUAUUUGGUGAACUGCAAACUGUCCAAAUCUAUCAGUGGAUCAAAACUGCAACACAUUCAAUUCCUUGGAAAUUGUGUCAGAGAAUUGUAUAGUCUGGAUCCACAAAGUGCGUAUCAGCAUGCUUUUGUUUUCAUCCGUCAACUGGGGGUUAUCCUAAGAGGAGUUCUUACUGAAAGGGGGCCAAAGGUGGACAAGAAAACAGUAAAGACACGUGCCUUUCAGGAAGCUUGCAUUUAUUCUGUGGUCGAUGAGCUGGCUAAACAUUUGGCCCAAUGGAGCUACUCCAUUGCCGUCUUUGAGAUGUCCUUUAUUCCACUUGUUCGGCUCCGAAGCUUUUGCAAAACCAUUAAAGCUGACAAAUUUAGGAAAGAGAUGAAGGAUCUUAUCAAUCAGUGUGUGGGGGCUGAGUCCUCAACCUUCUCACGGAGGUUAUCAGAAGCGCAGAAGCAACAGGAUGAGCAGGACAAUGACGAAGGCACUAUUGCUUUCAGUAAGAACUGGUUGGCUGAAAAUAAGAAACCCAAGUAUGUUCUUCCUUCCCUCUUUUUCCCAUUUUUACUUGCUGUGGAAAACACAUUAUCAUACCAUUGUUCGGUGCGCAGAACCCCAAAGGAGAAUAAAAAGCGACCCCGAGAGGAUGAUGAUGUUGCUGCCGAGGAGGAUCGGGUUGAGGAUUUGGUCUUGAGCUCAGAUGAAGAGGAUGGCAACAAUCAGGAACCAGAGGAUGGUUUCGUUCCGGUUGAGUUGGGCGUGUUCGGCUGA